AUGCUGAAACUUCCAAUGACAGAUUUGCUAUUCUAUAAAUGUUUCGACAAGGAACUCCACGUGCUUAUCUGUUUCAAAGGUCUCAACUUCACACGUCGCCCAAAGAUCAACCCAAAGCAGGGGGAAGGGGUCUCUCUUGACCAGAAGCCCCGAAUCAAAAAUAGCUCUACCGCUACGACUUGCUUUUGGGUCGGCCUAUAUCCGACUACGGCAGCUCAACCUUCUCAUAUCAGACAUGGACAU